CUCCCUUUCUUCUUUGAGCCAGUGUUCUCCAGUCGAGUACACAGUCCACUUCAACUUUACAGCAGGAGCAGAGCAUAUCAGGUUUCUACAGGACUGAAAGAGUCACACACCCCUUACAGAAUUACUGGAGAUCAGAGCAGCACCACUGUCCUUCACUGUCCAGCCGAGGAAGGCGCAUCAAGACAGAGCUUGUGCCAUGAGAUGAUCACUCUAUAAAGUCUUUUUGUCCGGCCAAGUCUUUCCCCACCCGUCUCACCUGUAGCCAUGGGGUUAUGCGAGAUUAUGAGUGGUUGGAGGUGGCAGGGCAGCGCUGGAGUGUUCAGGGCCGGAGUAGGAGUGUUGCUGCUGGGGAUCAGCCUGGCCCAGUCUGUCCCUUCACAGACUGCCUGUCCAGCAGCUGCAGCCCCACAGAGCCUCACCCAGCCGCAUUACCAGGACACAGCAGAGAGCACCAGUGUGGGCUUCAUGGCAGCUCUGGUCCAGUCUUUCCUACACACAGUUCAGCCUAACCCCUUUCCUAAAGAUCUGAUCCUGAAAAUAGUCCAGAAUUUUAAAGUGCAGUUAAAUCAAGACAUCAUCAAAGAAAUCCUGGUGUAUAAAGUGGGUUUCCUGGUGUGUGCAGCCAUUGGCGUCCUGUACAUCGUUCUCAUGCCCAUAGUUGGGUUCUUCUUGGCAUGCUGUCGCUGCUGUGACAACUGUGGUGGGAAGAUGUACCAGAAGCAGACGUCCUCCAUUCAUUGUUGCAGAAGAACUCUCUACUGGAGUGCAUUCGUCACCACAGUCAUUAUCCUUGCUGGGAACAUCUGCAUGUUCAAAAGUAAUGAAGCCCUCAGCGUGAGUGUGAACCAGAGUCCAGUGGAGUUCAACAAAACUAUAGACAACAUCCACACCUUCCUCACUGCUGUGCCUGAGCAAGUCGACUAUGUGGUGAAUGAGAGCUACACAACCGUACAGGAGGUUACCAGAAACCUAGAUGCCAUUGGAUCUCAGUUGGGAGCAAAGAUCCAGGAGCGAUUCAAAGGAACCGUGGGCCCAGCACUGCACUCAGUUAGACUUCUGGACCAAGAGACUGUGAACACCAGCGUUACUGUGAACAAGCUGAACUCAUCUCUGGUCCAGCUGCAGUCCAGCGUGGACCGCCUCCAGGCCAAUGUCACUGCUGUUAAAAAUCACAUCAAUCAGACUUUAUCCAAGCCAAACUGCACUGACUGUAACGACCUGAAGCCUGAGCUCCAGACACUAACACUGGGUAACUCCAUCACUAUUCCCAGCUUGAAUGAGUUCCAGUCUGCAGUGGAUGAAGUCAUCAAAACUAAUCUCAAAUCUAAAAUCACAGAGGUGGAGGACUAUUUUAACAGCAUCCCCCAGAAGGUGACCAAUGACACCAAGGAUGUAGUUCGAAGCAGCAAGCAGCUGUUGGGUGACAUAAAAACACAGAUCUCCCAGGUUACCAGUGACAUCCCUUUAUCUAGUCUGACCAACGUUUUGGGGACUCUGGACCAGGUGCAGGGAGAAAUCGGCAAGGUCACACCAGAGGUCGAGAGAGCUGAGCAUAUUAGAUGGGGAGUGUGUGUGGUCCUGUGCUGCGUGGUCCUCCUGGUGGUGGUUUGUAACAUCCUGGGUCUGGUCCUGGGCCCUCUGGGUCUGUCACCCAAAACAGACCCCACAAAGCGCUCCUGCACGGCAAAUUGUGGAGGCACCUUCCUCAUGAUGGGUGCAGGUUUCAGCUUCCUCUUCUCCUGGCUGUUCAUGAUAGUGGUGCUGCUGCUGUUCCUGCUGGGCGGGAACAUUUACACUCUGCUCUGUCAGCCCUGGAACAACGGGCAACUGCUAAAGUUAAUUGAUACUCCAGGUUUAAUUCCAGGGUUUGAGAUAGGUCCAGCUUUGGGAUUGAAAACCAACAUCAGUAUCUCUGAUAUCUACAGAGACUGUGAGAAAAACCAGCCUCUGUGGACAACACUCCACUUGUAUGAGCUUAUAAACCUUGACGACCUGCUCAAUGUAUCUAAAUACACGGAGCAGAUCCAGCAGCACUUUGAGAAUACAGACAUCACUCUGUUCACUGUCACGCUCCUGAGCCCUGAAGUUAAAAAUCAACUCCGCAGCUUCUCCACCAAGGCUAAAAAUGUUGACUGCACUGCUAUCACACAGCAGAUGAACAACAUUUCCAGAAUCAAUCUGAAUACAACAGCAGUUAAACUUGAUAAUCUCGCUGCCGUUCAAACAAACAAUGAGAUUCGAAAAGAGUUCCAAAAUGAAGCCAGGGACCUGAGGCAGAUCCAGGCUGACAUAGAAACAACCAUCAUACCGCAACUGGUCAACCUCGGCUCAACCAUUGAGAGCCUUCGAUCCAUCACUGAAAAAAUCAAUGGAACAGUGGGGGAGGUGCUGAGCAAUGUGGAAGCAGCACAAGACUUCCUCAACACAAAUACGACACAGAUCGUCAAGACCGAAAGCAGAAAGUUUUUGGACUGUCAGCUGGGUUACUUCAUUGUUUAUGCUGACUGGGCCAACCUCACGAUCAGACAGCAGGUAGGUCGCUGUGGGCCGGUGGCAGGAGCUGUGGACUCUGUUGAUAUUAUCCUCUGCUCACACAUAGUGGAGUCUCUGAAUGCGUUCUGGUUCAGUCUUGGCUGGUGCAUGAUCUUCUUUAUCCCCAGUAUCAUCUUUUCUGUCAAACUAGCCAAGUACUACAGGAAAAUGAAGUACUCUGAUGUCUAUGACAACAACAUAAUCAUGAACCACAUCCCGCGGGCCCAGAUGAAAUUCACCUGAGAGGAUGGCGUUUGUGCGAUACAGCUUUAAAAGACUGCAGGCGGAACUGUGGCAAAGCUUGGAAAAAAAAAAAACACAUGGUGCAAUUCUGCACAGAUGUGGCACAUUGUCACUCUGGUAAAAGGUCUCCAACUGAAAAAAAAAAAGAUUCAGUUUAUGUUAAGUCUUUUUUAAAUUCUAAUUUUCACCAUAGGGUGGAGAAGCAAAGCUACUUAUUCAGCGACUGCAGUGGACUGCUUUGAAUUGACCUCAGGGGGACACAGGGCAUAAGGGAAUCUGCAGGGAUUUUUUCAUCAUUUUAAAUUACAUUUCAAAGAGAUUUAUUAAAUUUAUUGUAUUAGAUAAAUGUUUUGUAUGUAUUUAAUGUGUGAACUGAGCUGCUGCUGGUUUCUGAGAAUUUAGGCUUCAUAUUUCAAAAUGUAAAGCUGAUUUUUGUAGGGAGUUGAUCGCAUUUAUGAUUUAUAUAGUCAUGUUGGUGUGCAGUGCUCUCAGAGAACGCAGCAGCAGUGUGGUACUGUGCCAACAGGCAUUUGUGAUGUGCCAACCUCUGUCUGUUCAGCGCUGCGGUUUGUCAACCUGAUUCCAAUGGGAAACACUUUUUAACUAAAUUCUUAAUUAUACUUGCACUAAUAUUAAGAAUCAAAGUACAAUUAUUAUUUUUUUUACGAAUCAUUAAAUUAAUACACUUUUUUGUGUGACAGAUGUGACUGGUAUAUCACCAUUUUAAGUUUUUGUUACCAUUUUGCAAAUGUAUUUUUGUAAAUUUUGACUGAUGUGAUUCUUGAUUCGAUAAUGAUGCGUUUGUACUUUGUACUACUUUUGUGUUUUAUCUUUCUGUUACACAGCACUUUAUAUGGUCUGCCCAAUGUGAUUAAAAGGUUGUUGUGUCAGAUGUUGUGAAAACUACUGAUCGACUGCA